AUAUGCAGAUCCCGGUCUUAAACAAACCCAGUUUCGCAAGCGGAGCUAUUUCCCAGCUUUUUUAGCUGCUGAGCUUUAGCUUUCCAUCUCGCGGUCGGUAUCAGCAACAAAAGGCGGUCAUCUUUAAUCAAUGGCCAGUCCAGCUCGGCGCACGACGAGCGAAGGAUGGAAUAAAAUAUCCUAAAUGGGGAAAGGGCCGGUGAAGGUUAGAACGCUGAUGGGGCGGGACGUGUUAAACGAGGGAGACGAGCCAGCUCCCCCACUAUAAUUUAUUGUCUCCAAUCAUUUAAGUUAAACAUGGUGUUCAGGACCACCUAAUUCACGUUCAUUCUCUCCCAUAUUAAACUCCUUCGACCUGCUAAUCUUUUUACUGUCCCUGUCCGUUCCUCUCCUCCUCCCCCAUCGACUCUCUCUCUCUCUUGUCUCUCUGUCUCUUCGCCGGUGGUCGUUUUCGUCUCCCGAGCAUAAGAAGGAGCGGAUCGAACCAGCAACUAGCAACCCACUUGCUCUGUUCGUUGGUUCCUGGGAUGGGGAGCUACAGAUUGUGCCUCUGCUACACCCGGAAGUUCAAGGUGAAGGAGGCGGAGCCGCCGGAGGACGUGAGGCAGGCCUUCAAGAAGUACGCCGAUGGCGGCGCCACCAUGUCGGCGGAGCAGUUCCGGCGGUUCCUGGUGGAGUCCCAGGGGGAGGCCGUCGCCUCCGUCGCGGACGCGCAGAGGGUCGUGGAUCAGGUCAUCCAUAAGCGCCACCACAUUGCCAAGUUCUCGAGACACGCUCUCACCCUCGAUGAUUUCCACCAUUUUCUCUUCUCCGCUGAUCUCAACCCGCCGAUUGGAUCUGAGGUUCAUCAAGAUAUGACAGCUCCCUUGUCCCAUUAUUUCAUAUACACGGGCCACAACUCAUACCUCACGGGAAACCAGCUAAGCAGCGAUUGCAGUGAUGUCCCGAUCAUCAAGGCGCUGCAACGAGGAGUGAGAGUGGUGGAACUUGAUAUAUGGCCGAACUCAGCGAAGGACGAUGUGCACGUUCUUCAUGGAAGAACCUUGACAACUCCAGUGGAACUCAUCAAAUGUUUAAAAUCUAUAAGAGAAAAUGCUUUUGCAACAUCUCCUUAUCCUGUUAUAAUAACACUCGAGGACCACCUAACUCCAGAUCUCCAGUCUAAAGUAGCUCAGAUGAUCACCCAAACAUUUGGAGAAAUGCUUUAUUACCCUGAAGCUGAAUUAAAGGAAUUACUCUCGCCUGAAGAUUUGAAGCAUCGCAUAAUUAUAUCAACCAAACCACCAAAAGAGUACCUUGAAGCUAAAGGUACUAAAGAGAGCAGUCAUUCGGAGAAGAAGGAUGCUGAGGAUGAUAUAUGGGGAAAUGAUCCAUUGGAUGUUUCACUUGUUCGACAAGACAAUAAGACUGAGGGUGAAACUAAUGAACACAGUCAUGAAGAUGAAGAAAGUGAUGAUUGUGAAACUGAAUCAUGUCAACCAGGAGGACCUACUUACAAGCGUCUGAUUGCUAUACAUGCUGGGAAACCGAAGGGUGGGUUAAAGGAAGCACUAAAAGUAGAGGCUGAUAAGGUUAGACGCCUCAGUCUGAGUGAACAAGCACUUGAAAAGGCCGCUGAGUCUCAUUCGACAGAUGUUGUGAGAUUUACUCAGAAGAAUAUCUUGAGAGUCUACCCCAAGGGUACUCGGUUUAACUCCUCCAAUUACAAGCCACUAGUUGGUUGGAUGCACGGAGCUCAGAUGGUUGCAUUUAACAUGCAGGGUUACGGAAGAUUCCUUUGGUUGAUGCAUGGUAUGUUUAGAGCCAAUGGGGGGUGUGGCUAUGUCAAGAAGCCCGACUUUCUGAUGAGCUUGGGUCCAAAGAAUGAAGUCUUUGAUCCCAAAGCAAAACUGGAUGUGAAGAAAACUCUGACGGUGACAGUGUACAUGGGAGAUGGAUGGCAUUUAGACUUCAAACAAACACACUUCGAUUUGUAUUCACCACCAGAUUUUUACACCCGUGUUGGCAUAGCAGGAGUGCCGGCUGAUACAGUAAUGAAGAAAACUAAGAAAAUAGAAGACGAUUGGACUCCUGUUUGGAAUCAGGAGUUUUCAUUUCCAUUGACUGUUCCUGAACUAGCUUUAUUGCGGAUUGAAGUCCAUGAGUACGACAUGUCUGAGAAGGAUGAUUUUGCUGGCCAGACUUGUUUGCCAGUUUCUGAGUUGAAAUCGGGGAUACGAGCCAUCCCACUCUAUGAUCGCAAGGGGGAGAAGCUCAGCUCAGCGAGGCUGCUUAUGCGCUUCGACUUCGAUUGAGUACUCCCCUCUGUUCAGUUCACAUCUUGUCUCCUUGUAAUAUAUGUAGUCUUAAAAUUUUCGUUUGCUUCUCUCCGAGUUUUGUCUUUUCAUCGUCUUUUAAUGUGGUUUUAUUUAUUUGUCCAUCGUUUUCUUCCACCCAAUCCAAGCUGGGUGGUUGGAACUCGGCCUUUGUGAUCAUCUUGUGGGUUUCUCCUUAUGUGUGAUGUCAAUAAGAUCUUAGUAGAAAUGUGUACGGCUUCAAGAUGUUUUGAAAGAUUGAAAUAAAAGAAGGGCAUUCGGAUGUA